AUGACAAUAUUUAAUAAUUAUCUCAUGAAAUACAUAACAAGGACUAAAUCAAGAGAAUCCGAUCAUAUCAAAAAGUUAUUUAAAGUUUGGAAAUAUUUCUAUGAAAAAGUUGACCAUAAAUAUCUGGAACCAGCCCAAAAUGCAAUAAUAACUUUACUUAAAGCAAUGUCAAGAUCUAGAUAUGAUUCUAUUAGGCUUAUUCCAGAAGCAUUAAGGGAAUCAGAGAAAGCAGUAGUUUUUGCGAUUGAUUAUGAAAAACUUUUACCACCAAGUAUCAAAGUUAUGAGAAAAUUAGCAAAAAGAUGCAAAAUGUACAAUGAUGAAAAGAAAAUGGAAGCUUUUGAAGAAUUAAGUCAUUUGCAUUCUUCUGAUUUAUGGAAUGAAACGAUUGGAUUCUUAAAGAAGUACAUAAAUGACAAAAGAAUGACAACAGCAACUCUUAAACUUUUCAUCAAUUUAAACAAAGAUGAAAUUCAUCAGCCAAAAAAGAUUAACCUACAGGAUUAUUUGUUGACAAACUAUGUUCCUUUUUAUAAUGAUCUUAAAUAUUAUCAAGUUCAACGGUCCAGAAUCGAAUUUUCUUAUUUAUAUUAUCUAAUUAAUUCUGCUUAUAAUUCUAAUCUCGAAGCAAUUUAUUUACUUUCUAAACAAAAUGGAAUUAAUGAAAAUAUUCUAAUGAAAAGUAUAUUUUCAAGGAAGAUGUACAUUUUGGAUACAAUUCUUUUCAAAUUCUCUAUUUAUUACUUUUGCUAUGAAGAUAAUUAUUUAAGUAACAUUCCACUUCCAGGAUUCGAUUACAAACCAACAAGGGAGGAUAUUUUGUUUUGCAAGAAGAUUAUAUCUUCAUAUCCACUAGAUAUUAUUUCAAUUUAUCCUGAUUUUAGUGAUAAAUUAUACAAAGAUAAAAGAAGCUUGCUGAAAAAUAUACAGACGUCUGAUUACGCAGUUUAUGGACAAAAUCACAAAGGUCCAAUGGAUUAUUCGAAUUAUAAAUUCUUCUACUAUCAAGAAUAUUCAGCAGGAAAGUUUUAUCUUCCAAACUCUGGUUAUAAUUUUAAAACCAAUCAAAGUUUCAGAAAUGCAUUUGAUAUCCCAGAGAAAAUUGAUGAUCGAUCACUUAACCAGUUGAAGUACUUGGCUUCUUUAUAUGUUGCCUGCUAUGAAUGCAUCAAACCACCACAAAAUAUGAGAUAA